ACCAAGCACAUUGUUGUUCAUUCACUACGGACUGCGCUUGAUUGGAACAGCACCGUCUUAUUUUGCCGAGUUCUCGUAUUUGUUCUUUCUGUUUUGAAGCUAUUGCUUGCAUAACUAAAUUUAUUGAGUAAACAACCUUCUCGAACGCAUAGAUAUUUUCCAAAGUUUGUUUUGUCAGCAUCCUCUCCACUCCAUAAUGGAUUUGGUCUGGAGCCUGUCCUUCGUUGGGAGUCUCUGCGCUUGGUUUGCUUCUGCAGAAAGGCACAGUGUAUAUUGGAAUAGCACAAACACCAAGUUCCUAUGGGACAACUAUGCGGUGGAGGUGCGGCUGAACGACUACCUGGACAUCGUGUGCCCCCACUACCCACUGGGCGAGUUGGCAUCGCAGGAUGCUGAGCGCUACGUGCUCUACAUGGUGGAGCGGGAGGACUACGACGCUUGCAAGCCUCAGUCCUACGACCAGAUGCGCUGGGAGUGCGGCCACCCCUUCGCCCCCCACGCCGCCGAGAAGUUCUCAGAGAAGUUCCAGCGUUUCACCCCCUUCACCCUGGGCAAGGAGUUCCGCCAGGGAGAGAGCUACUACUAUAUCUCCAAACCUCUGCACCACCAUGGACAGGAGUGCCUCAGACUCAGGGUAGACGUCGUAGCUACUGAUGGUUCUCAAGAGGCCAGGGUUGCAACUGGAGGAGCUGCAGCUGCAGCUGGGGGUGGAGCACACAACCCCUCCAACAGACUGCCUGCAGAUGACCCAGUGGUAAUCCUGCCAGAGGUCCAGAAAAGUGUGCGGACAAAUUCAGCGAUGUCAAAGGCGUCCUUCUCCAUCCUGUCAUUGAUGGUCCCAGUCUUAUUAUUACUGUUGUUACAGUGAGACUCUGAAAGAACUACAAAUCCCAUAGACUUGGAAGGCAUACAAUGAAGUUGGUCUGUGGGGAACCACAGACACAAAAGACAGUUCUCAAAGCCAAGUGCUGGUCACUGGGAGAGGGACCUUUUUAAUCUUGUAAGUACGAAUGGACACAUGCACUAAGUGUGCCGAGUGAGACUUUGGUUGGAGUUUUGUGAGAAGGCAUUGAGCUUUCUCCUCUCUUUUUUAAGAUGUCAUUAUUUCCUGGAGAGAUUUUGUUCUCUUCAAUGUUAGUCGUUUUUUACUCUUCUCCUCCAAAAAACAUAAUUUGUUUAGGAAAAUAAUUUUGAAGAGGAACGUAAAUGGACGAAGAACAAUCACUGAAGACAAAGUUAAAGGACUUUCUUAUAUGGACAACGAUUUAGAUUUGAUAUGAAUUUGUAUUAGAAAAAACUGCAUUUAGUGAAUCAUCUUCUCUAAGCUUUUGAGCCAAAGAAUACAGUGAUCAUCUCUCCAGUAUGUAACUAUUCUAUUCCAACCUUGACUAUUUUGUACUGUUUGUGGUAUUGUUAUUGUAUUGUUAUUGAGUGGCACUAAAUGUCCAAGUGAUUCUUUCUCAAUGUAGCAUCGACAAAAGCAGGGGAUGUGUUAGCUAACUAUUAAUGUUCCUGUGCAGACUCGACCAUGUGCUUUCAUAGCACUAACCAUAUAGCACAACAGACAGACUAUUCAGUUGUACAGACUGACUGAUGCACAGACUGACUGACAUCACAAUACAGAUCCAUAACAACAUAGUAGACACUAUAUGGAAAGGAAAGGUAUUAUCUGUACAUUCUGUGAAAAUAAUUUAUAAAAGUUUGCAGCUGAAAGAUUCACUGUAUACAAUACUGUAUGUUUAACAAAUGCUAGGUUUACUGUUGGUAAGUGAGCGCUCUCCGAGUGGGGAGAGUAUUCACGCGAGUGGUAGAAAUAGUGUUUCAGUGACAGAGAAAGGUCAAACAAAAUGUUAAAACUGCAAAAAGCAAACACUGAUACAAUAUAUUGUGUGUAGCAGUGGAAGGCGGGCCUUCUCUAUAUGUCAGAUCAUACACCCGUACCGUUUAAACUGACCAACAAAAUAACCCAGACUUAACUAUACUCACCACAGUACUUGCCAGAGCAGUGUUUCACUAUGAAACACUAUCCUCUACCUCUAUUGACACUAAAAGUCAACCAAGUAAAAAUAGUUUUAUUCAAAAACAGUUGUAAUUUGGUUGGACAUACACUAUAUAUACACAAAAGUAUGUGGACACCCCUUCAAAUUAGUGGAUCCGGCUAUUUCAGCCACA